CGAAAGUAUAUACGGUCAUGACAUGGUCGUCAGCUCGACAGUGCGCAGCUAGAUCCCACGACGCAGGGUCAACACCCGACAAACUACAGCCACACUGUCCUUUUGUUGAGCCCUACAACGGAUAUUUGACUGAUCCUCUGGCCCGUAUUGUCCGGGUCCUCACUGUUGUCCUUUCGCGUGACAGCUGCUGUGCCCCGACGUCGAUCCUCCACAUUCCAACGCUGGUGUCACCAUGGCCCGUACGAUGAGCUGCGUUUGAAUGCUCUUGUGACUAUUUGCCUGUUCUGUUGGGGGCUCCCACACCAUCUCGGAUACCGCCACACGAGCACUAUCCCACCCCCACCCAGACUCGCUGCAGGCAACGGCCGAAAAGAGAUCUAUUGAAGACGCGACCGAACCGCGGGAGCGGGCCGCCGGCGGGAGAACAAAGGCAUUGUGCAACGAGCCGGCGUUGGUGGACAAGCAAAGAACAAAACAAGGGUACCGAGGUACACACAUCAAUGCGAGAGCAGCAUGCUCAACGCGAAGCUCUUGAUCGGCUUCGCGAGCUUGGGAAGAAGCAUGGAGCUUCUUUCCAGGUCAUAGUGCUGGGCUCAUCCGGCGGCCCAAGAGAAGACAACGUCACAGGCCUCCUCGUCCGGGCACCACAGACCGAAUGGCGCAAAAGCUCCAUGAUCGCCGUCGACGCAGGCUCCCAUCUCGCCAACAUCAUCCGCAUCCUCGAACGGCAGAUGCCCUCGGCUUCAGAGACACUGCCACCAAAGGACUACUCGCACGUGCUCGACGAGGGACCCUUCGCAGGCAUCCGCUUCCCCAACAUAUCCGCCAAAGCCAACGGUCUACACAUCUUCCGCCAAAUCCUACACGCGUUCUUGAUUACCCACCCACACCUCGAUCACCUGUCCGCCAUGGCAAUCAACACGCCUGCGCUCGAAUAUGGACGUGAAGCCAAAGCUAUCGUCGCGCUACCCUCCACCAUCGAGGCCAUUAAGAACCACAUCUUCAACGACUGGCUGUGGCCGAAUCUUUCCGACGAGGGCAACGGCGUCGGCUUCGUCACCUACCGCCGUUUGAUCGAGGGCGGCAAUCCUCGGCUAGGGUCUGGCGAGUCCCGCGGAUACGUCAACGUGUGUGACGGUCUGGCCACCAAAUGCUGGAGCGUCAGCCACGGGAAGUGCCAGCGCAGACGGCAAAGCAUCUCCGGGCAUCAGCAUAGCGAUAGCUUUGGCUAUUCAGGAGGCGAUUACACUUUCCCGUCACGUCGGAUGAGUCGUAUCUCGGACGUGAGUCACGAUUACUUCGCGGCCGUUGCUCAGCAGCAGCAACAGCAACAGCAACAGCAGGCUACACAACCAUACCUGGGCGGAGCAUCACAGCUCGGUAUCUCCAUGCCUUCUGGUUCCAUCACGCCGGGAGUUGCGGGCGUUCCGCCUGCACUCUCCAUGGAUCCGAACCACAUGUUCGAACCGGUAGGGAGUUCAGCGUUCUUCAUCCGCAACGACGUCACUGGCAACGAGAUUCUGAUUUUCGGCGACGUCGAGCCCGACAGCGUGAGCAUGUCGCCGAGAAAUCAUACCGUCUGGGAGGAUGCCGCAUUAAAGGUAGUCUCGGGUGCUCUGAAAGCCAUUUUUAUCGAGUGCUCGUACGACGAUAGUGUACGCAACGAGGACUUGUAUGGGCAUCUAUGUCCCAGGCACUUGAUUGCAGAAUUGAGUUUUCUGGCGAAAAGCGUCAUGAAUAGGCGCAAGCAGCAAGCGGACCCGAGUGUGACGAGUGUGGAAGCAGCAGGCGUGACUCAGGGGGCAAAUGCAUCGUUGAGUGUCCCGGAUCUGAGCAUGCGCCAGCCCCCAACGCCGGCGGAAUUGAAGAGAAAGCGCAAGCGUGCGGCGAUGAACGGUGAUUCCAAUCUCGCAACGACGCCGGAACUUCCGCCGACGGGUUUCGACGGUGCGUCUGGUCUACCUUCGCCCAUGCAGCCGCUUGCUAGCAGCGCGUAUGUAGGCACCAGGGCGGCGUCGCACGUACAUGGUCAUGCACACGCCCACGCACACGCACAUACGAGAAGACGGACGUCGAGGGAAGCAACUGCGAAUGCGAGUACUCCUGGAGCGCCGCUCAUUCCCGGUGGACGGGGCAAAGCGGUGCAAUUCCAGCCUGGCCCGGACUCGUCGGGGCAGAUACAGGCGUCGACGGGUGGACAUCAUGAUCAUGGCCAUGGCCAUGGGCAUCUGCACUCGUUGUCGUUGCCACGUGAUAAGCUUGCGGAGCCGUUGUUGGGUAUCACGGUGCAUAUCAUUCAUGUCAAGGAUACGUUGAUGGACGGGCCGAGUCCUGGCGAUGUUAUUGUUCAGCAACUACGUGCUCAGGGCGAUGAGGCUGGAUUGGGUGUUGAAUUUAAUGUCACGAAGGGUGGGGAUAGUAUCUGGAUAUGAUUACCACCGAUGUUUUCGGCUGAUGGGGUUGUCUGUGGGAGUUUCCAUGGUUGGCUGCUGGACUGGGAAGGUCUCUGGGUCUUGUCCUUCUGAAUGUUGGAGUUGUGGUGGCUUGUUUAUACGAUGUCCCUGGGACGGUCAUGGAAUGGCAUGGAUGGAGAUGAUUUGUUUGUCUGUUCCGAGCCGAGUGUGCUCUUGUUUCAGAGAUAGCGGCUGAACAGAGAUGAGAAAUUCUUCCCCCUAAGGAUCAUUCGAAAGUGAAGCUGAAAGGAGAAAGGAAAGGGCUUACAACAAACAUUUUGCAUUCGGGAAUACGCUCAAUGCAACCCUG